AUGGAUGAAAAAGAUAAGUACGCAAAUCAUAUAAGGAGGAAAAUAAUAAAAUUUUUUAACCUGAAAAAUGAAGAACUCGAUCCUAGUUAUAUUAAGUCUAUCCUAAACUGUAAGUCGUAUGACUUGUAUGGAUCCAUUUACCUCCUCAAUGAAUCGUUUUACGAAAAUGGAAGAAAUGAAAAGGUGUCCCUCAGCGCUGUGAAGAAGUUUACCCUAGAUUUGGUAGAAGACAAGAAGAAGUUUAUAUCCUCUGGUGAGGACGAUUCGGUUGUUGGUGGGGCAACACAGGGGGGCCUCUCAUCAUACGGGCAGACUACCAACCAUGGUGCUAUCGCAAGUGAUGGGUUACCCAAAAAUGUGGUGAAAGGGAAAACCAUCAACAGUUACUUCGAGGAGGUUUUUAAGAGGGAAGAUGUACAGCCCAGUCAGGAUAAAAAUGGAAAGGUCCUCCCCAAUAGGGGGGGUCCUGGGAAGGUAAAAAAGGUCGGACAAAUGGAAGCAGACCAAAAUAAGUAUCCUCCGAGGCGAAGCACAAACGAUACUGCCUCCCGUGCUACCACCCAUGAUACCACCCGUGGUGCAGGUGAGAAUCCCCUCGAUGCGGCAGUAAGACUCGCAAACGAGACAGGAACAGGAAAAGAACCGAAGAAAGUGAAUAAAGAGAAAAACAGCAAAGUGGGGGGUCACUCCCCGAAUGUUGAUAAGCCAAAUGGGGUAACCCCACAAAAACAAGAAUCACAAAAGGGAAAAGGGAAAGAAACAAAAGGAAAGGAAGCACAAGGGAGGACUGCAACAAAAUUACAAAGCAUGGAGCAUGCGCAUAAAGACGAUCACACACAGUUAGCGGAUGACCAAACAAAGUCCAAGAUGAACUCGAAGGGGAAGGCCGAAAAUAACUACUUCGAAUUCUUCAACAUGAAAGAAAAUUCCUACUCAUUAAAGACGGUUAUAAAUUUCAUCGAAAAUGAAGAAGCCAAAGGUGAUGAGCAGAAUGAGUACGAAAAGGAGGAACAGAAAAAAGAAAAAAAAAAAAAAAAAAACACUCACAUUUGUACAUGUAAUGGGAGCAACCAUCAAAUAUAUUCCAACUGUUUAAUAUGUGGGAAAAUUUACUGCGCGAAAAUAAAAUACAGACAAUGCCUGUGUUGUGGAAACCCCUUGUACGAUUCGUCUCUGAUUAACAAGCUGUUUACACCGACAGAGGAGGAUGGGGAAAAUUCACACAAGAAGAUGCUUGCAACGAUGAAAAACUCCAACCCCUUUCUGUACAAACACUACUUCGAUCCUAGUAAUGCCUUUCUCAAAAAAGCCUUCAACCUGAGGGAUAAAAUGCUGAGAAAUUCAGCCAACGAAGAACACACAAAAAUAAUAGACGAUAGCAUUGAUUGGUUCGAGGAUGAUAUAAAAAAGGAAUUUGACAACCCUGAUGUACAUUUCUCCAAUUACGAUGAUGAAAUAAAAAAUGAAAUAAUAGAUAAGUACUACGAAAUAUUUGGGAAGAAGUGUGGUGACAUAAACAUCGACAUCGAUCUCGUGAGUAUGAAAAUAACGGAGAACAAAGACCACGCGAAAAUUAAAGAGUUCAAUGAUUACCUCAACGAACGAGAAAAUGAAUACCGGAAUGAGAUGGCACUGAAGAAGGCAAAUGAUAUUAACGCAAGCAACGUCCAUAAUUACUUGGCCAAUAAAGAAAGAAAAAAUUUGAAUUACAUAAAAGAUUUACGUAAGUUAUUUUUUCGGGACACCUCUACUAAUGCUGUUGCCGCGGAUACCGUAGCGCCAUCUACAGAGCAGCAGAAAAAAACAAUUGUACAAAUCAGGAAGGCAAGUAAGAAAUACAAAUGCCAUGUGCUGGGCGAAAGCGACGAGGAGUAUGAACAUGUGGAGUGA